AUGUUUCAGGAGGGAAAGCGCAUGACCUUGGCGCAGAAAGGGUUUUUGCCCCCCAUCACGCCCCCGGAGAAGUUCUUCCUCUCGCAGCUGAUGCUGGCCCCGCCGCGGGAGCUCUUCAAGAAGACGCCCCGGCAGAUCGCCGCCAUGGACGUGGGCAGCAUGGCCCAGGCCGUGGACAUCAGCGGCCUGCAGCUCGCGCUGGCAGAGCGUCAGUCCGAGCUGCCAACGCAGAGCAAGGCCAGUUUCCCCAGCAUCCUCAGCGAUCCUGACCCAGAUUCCUCCAACUCCGGUUUCGACAGCUCCGUUGCCUCCCAGAUCACUGAAGCCUUAGUGAGUGGACCGAAGCCUCCUAUAGAAAGUCACUUUCGACCAGAGUUUAUUCGACCACCGCCUCCGCUCCACAUAUGCGAGGAUGAACUGGCCUGGUUAAAUCCAAUAGAACCAGAUCACACAAUUCAGUGGGAUAAGUCAAUGUGUGUUAAAAACAGCACUGGAGUAGAGAUAAAGCGAAUCAUGGCCAAAGCCUUCAAAAGUCCUUUAAGCUCCUCACAACAAACACAGCUCCUUGGAGAACUGGAGAAGGACCCCAAGCUUGUUUAUCACAUUGGUCUCACUCCUGCCAAGUUGCCUGACCUUGUUGAAAACAAUCCUUUAGUAGCUAUAGAAAUGCUGCUCAAAUUGAUGCAGUCAAGCCAGAUAACAGAGUAUUUCUCUGUCCUGGUCAACAUGGACAUGUCUUUACAUUCGAUGGAAGUGGUAAAUCGACUUACUACUGCAGUUGAUCUCCCUCCUGAAUUUAUUCAUCUCUACAUCUCUAACUGUAUCUCAACCUGUGAACAGAUUAAAGACAAAUAUAUGCAGAACCGCCUGGUACGUCUUGUCUGUGUCUUUCUGCAGUCUUUAAUCCGAAACAAAAUAAUUAAUGUACAGGACUUGUUUAUAGAAGUGCAAGCAUUCUGUAUCGAGUUCAGUCGGAUACGAGAAGCAGCCGGCCUCUUCAGGUUGCUGAAGACACUAGAUACCGGGGAAAAUCCAUCAGAGGCAAAAGCUUCAAAAUAAAACCCACCUUGCACAUGGAAAGAAAAUCAACUUUGGAAACCAAUUUAUUGUACAUUUUAAGCUUAAAUCAUGGGAUUAAAUGAUUUAUUACACUAUAAAUAGCAUUUUAUGCAUUUAAACAAUAAAUAUUGCUUUUUUUCU